AGUCCUAACAAGCUUCAUGGUUGGUCAUGGAACUGCUGCAGUUCACAUGUCUGCUUUUACUUCUCAGCUUGAGAUUUUUGACAGGUUUUGGCCAGCAGUGUGGGGGUAACCAGUGGCUGUGUGAUGAUGGAACUUGUCUGCCUCUUUCCUGGCACUGCGAUGGAUAUGGAGACUGUAUGGACGGCUCUGAUGAAAUGGCCUGCCCCUGUCCUAGGGGCCAGGUUGCCUGCAUUUCCGGGGCUCCUGGUUGUAUAAUUACCUCUGCAGUAUGUGAUGGGCAGCGCCAGUGUUCUGAUGGGUCUGAUGAGCUUAACUGCCCAGAGAACCAGGGCUGUCUGCAGGGGGACUGGAGGUGUAGGAAUAAGAUCUGCAUCACCAAGGACCAAUACUGCAAUGGUGCUAACGACUGUGUGGACAACUCUGAUGAGACCUGUGGCCGGUGUGGGCCAACGGCUGUGCGUUGUCCUGGAGGGGUGUGUCUGACUGAAGAUGAGAGGUGUGAUGGAAAAUUGCACUGCUCUGAUGGCAGCGAUGAACCCUCUACCUGUGGGAGGACCUGUUCAGAAGAGAACGGUGGCUGCAGUCACUCCUGUGUGGAUCAGCCCUGGGGAGCUCUCUGCUCCUGUCCUAAAGGCCAUAGACUGUCUGCUCAUGGAGCCUCCUGUCUGGAUGUGGAUGAAUGCUCUCUGCCUUACGGUCCAUGCAUGCACUUCUGUGUCAACACACCCGGGUCCUUCCGCUGCCACUGCCGAGACGGCUUCCAGCUUCAAGGAACCACUUACUGCUAUGCUAAAGGAAAUUAUACAAAGUUUCUAACUGCAAAGAAAGGAACUAUCGGAUUUCUGAAUCUGAAGACUCUGCGAUUUGAGUCUAUACAAAGUAUUGGCUAUGAUCCUCUGGCCCUGGCCUUUGACCUCUCCAGGAGCUCAUUCUACUGGGCUGAUGACCAGGGGAACAUCUGCAAGGCUAAGGAGCAGCGGCGCAGGAUCCUUUAUCAUGGACAAUAUGGGGUUAGAAGUCUAGUCUGUGAUUGGCUGACAGGCCAGCUGUACUGGACCAACCAGAAGACCCGGUCUAUUCAUGUUGGGGCAGCUGAUGGGAGUGGAUUUGCAACGGUCUUGGCCAAGAACAUAGACCCAUUGGAGCUGGUCCUUCUUCCCAUUGAAAGCUUGUUGUUUUGGAUCAACAAAGGUCCUGGUGAUAAAAUUACUCUGGAGAGAUCUGGGAUGGAUGGGUUAAAGCAGGAAUCUCUGGUGGUCCUCACUGCACAGGCACCACGGAGUCUGACCUUGGACGUUACAGUUCGGAGGCUGUACUGGAUGAGUGAUUUUAAAAAGUCCAUAGAGACUGUGCGAGUGGAUGGGAAUGGUCGCUACAGCUUUCGGGAGUUCUUCAAGAGACCAGCUCAGAGCCUGGCGGUGUUUGAGAGGUGGUUCUACUGGACAGAUCAGAAGGGUCUGUGGCGCUCCCCUCAGGACCAACCUAAUCAGAAGACCUUUAUUCAGAGGACAACGCUCCCUGUCCUUGAGGCAUACCAUGAACGACAGCAGCCAAAAGCUCCAUCAGCCUGUGUAAAGUCUGGCUGCCAGCUCUGCAUGCCGACUCUGGACCUGCCUGCUGGGUUCACCUGUACCUGUCCUGAUGACAAACUGCUCAUGGCAGAUGGCUCAUGUGAAUAUCCCAGGUUUGCUUAUGCAACAUCCAGAACACUGAACCUGUUUGAGUUGAAAGGGAAGGAGCUGAUCAAGAAAUUACUGCUGACUACAGAUGAUGUCUUUGAGUCUUUUGACAUCGACUGGAGGGGGAACUGGGUCUACUGGGCAAACAGCACUGGUCAUGUGAUGCGCUGGAGCCUCAAUACCGGCCAAACGGAGACUGUCCCCACGCUGAGACCAGCCUGCGUGGUGUCAGUAGACCAGAAGAUGAGAAAUCUGUACUGGCUGUCAUGUGAUGAAGUCUGUGUUGGCGUCACUAACAUGGAUCAGGGUUACCCACGGAGACUGUACCAGUCUGGCAGUGAGGUAAGAGAUGUUUACCUGGACUGGCAGCGGGGGAGGCUGUACUUGCUGGAGGCUGGCUGGAUCCUAUCCAUGAGACUGCCAGGAGGAAACCCUAGGAAAGUCCUGAGAGUGGAGGGACUCGUCGCUGGGCGCAUUGUUUUGGACCUGAAAUCCAACACACUGCUCUGGAACACAGAGGGGGGCGAUCUGAAGAUCAUGAGUCUGUUGAAGUCCCAGACUCACCUGGCAGGCAGAGAGUGGAAUGUCCCUGGUUCCAUCAUGGCCGCUCACGCUCCACUCCUAGUGUCACUGUUUAAUGAUGUCAUCACUGUGUGGGACCGGCGGGACAGGAGGCGUGCCCAAGAUGUCCCUGUCAGACCAGGCGUUGUCAGGGUGAUCGUGGCUCUGGAUGUAAAGGAAGUGCCUCCUGCUCAGCCAGUCUGUACCAGUCCGUCAGUGAUGUGUCGGGGCUCAACUUUGUGCAUCUCCCAAACUCAGCUGUGUGACACAUUGAGAGACUGCCCUGAUGGUUUUGAUGAGGAGUCCUGCAUUACUAAAUGUCCAAACAGAGGUGAGUUCCGGUGUAAGGACAGGAGGAAAUGUAUUGAGAGGAGUCUGGUUUGUGAUGGACGCUCUCAUUGCCAAGACGGCUCAGAUGAGGUUGGCUGUCAGACGAUAGCUGCUCCAACAUCCCAGACAUUGCCCCUGAAGUGUCGUAUGGGUUCUAGACUGUGCAAGGAUGGGAAAGAGUGUGUCCUGCACAGCCAUGUUUGUGAUGGAGAGGUGGACUGUAAGGAUGGAUCAGAUGAACAGGACUGUGAGCUCCUCUGCAAAGCAGGUCAGUUCCAGUGUGCUCAUGGGAAGAAGUGUAUCGACCAGCAGCAGGUGUGUGAUGGGAAGGCACAGUGCCAGGAUCGCUCUGAUGAAAUGGACUGCUUCAAGCCCACCAAGAGCUGCAGACAUCGCUGUGACAACAAUAGCCGCUGUAUCCCAAAAACCUUCCUCUGUGAUGGAGAGAGAGACUGUGCGGACGGCUCUGAUGAGGAAGGCUGUGAUUCUAACAAGGCCCUUCCUCCUGUCGUGCCAACUCUGGUUCAGACCUGUACCAGUCCAUCAGUGAUGUGUCGGGGCUCAACUUUGUGCAUCUCCCAAACUCAGCUGUGUGACACAUUGAGAGACUGCCCUGAUGGUUUUGAUGAGGAGUCCUGCAUUACUAAAUGUCCAAACAGAGGUGAGUUCCGGUGUAAGGACAGGAGGAAAUGUAUUGAGAGGAGUCUGGUUUGUGAUGGACGCUCUCAUUGCCAAGACGGCUCAGAUGAGGUUGGCUGUCCAACGAUAGCUGCUCCAACAUCCCAGACAUUGCCCCUGAAGUGUCGUAUGGGUUCUAGACUGUGCAAGGAUGGGAAAGAGUGUGUCCUGCAAAGCCAUGUUUGUGAUGGAGAGGUGGACUGUAAGGAUGGAUCAGAUGAACAGGACUGUGGUGGAUCUCCAAUUCCACUUACUACCGCUUAUUUGGCUCCAACUGCAACCAUUCCAGAUAAUCUUCCUGCUCAGCCAGUCUGUACCAGUCCAUCAGUGAUGUGUCGGGGCUCAACUUUGUGCAUCUCCCAAACUCAGCUGUGUGACACAUUGAGAGACUGCCCUGAUGGUUUUGAUGAGGAGUCCUGCAUUACUAAAUGUCCAAACAGAGGUGAGUUCCGGUGUAAGGACAGGAGGAAAUGUAUUGAGAGGAGUCUGGUUUGUGAUGGACGCUCUCAUUGCCAAGACGGCUCAGAUGAGGUUGGCUGUCAGACGAUAGCUGCUCCAACAUCCCAGACAUUGCCCCUGAAGUGUCGUAUGGGUUCUAGACUGUGCAAGGAUGGGAAAGAGUGUGUCCUGCACAGCCAUGUUUGUGAUGGAGAGGUGGACUGUAAGGAUGGAUCAGAUGAACAGGACUGUGAGCUCCUCUGCAAAGCAGGUCAGUUCCAGUGUGCUCAUGGGAAGAAGUGUAUCGACCAGCAGCAGGUGUGUGAUGGGAAGGCACAGUGCCAGGAUCGCUCUGAUGAAAUGGACUGCUUCAAGCCCACCAAGAGCUGCAGACAUCGCUGUGACAACAAUAGCCGCUGUAUCCCAGAAACCUUCCUCUGUGAUGGAGAGAGAGACUGUGCGGACGGCUCUGAUGAGGAAGGCUGUGAUUCUAACAAGGCCCUUCCUCCUGUCGUGCCAACUCUGGUUCAGACCUGUACCAGUCCAUCAGUGAUGUGUCGGGGCUCAACUUUGUGCAUCUCCCAAACUCAGCUGUGUGACACAUUGAGAGACUGCCCUGAUGGUUUUGAUGAGGAGUCCUGCAUUACUAAAUGUCCAAACAGAGGUGAGUUCCGGUGUAAGGACAGGAGGAAAUGUAUUGAGAGGAGUCUGGUUUGUGAUGGACGCUCUCAUUGCCAAGACGGCUCAGAUGAGGUUGGCUGUCCAACGAUAGCUGCUCCAACAUCCCAGACAUUGCCCCUGAAGUGUCGUAUGGGUUCUAGACUGUGCAAGGAUGGGAAAGAGUGUGUCCUGCAAAGCCAUGUUUGUGAUGGAGAGGUGGACUGUAAGGAUGGAUCAGAUGAACAGGACUGUGGUGGAUCUCCAAUUCCACUUACUACCGCUUAUUUGGCUCCAACUGCAACCAUUCCAGAUAAUCUUCCUGCUCAGCCAGUCUGUACCAGUCCAUCAGUGAUGUGUCGGGGCUCAACUUUGUGCAUCUCCCAAACUCAGCUGUGUGACACAUUGAGAGACUGCCCUGAUGGUUUUGAUGAGGAGUCCUGCAUUACUAAAUGUCCAAACAGAGGUGAGUUCCGGUGUAAGGACAGGAGGAAAUGUAUUGAGAGGAGUCUGGUUUGUGAUGGACGCUCUCAUUGCCAAGACGGCUCAGAUGAGGUUGGCUGUCAGACGAUAGCUGCUCCAACAUCCCAGACAUUGCCCCUGAAGUGUCGUAUGGGUUCUAGACUGUGCAAGGAUGGGAAAGAGUGUGUCCUGCACAGCCAUGUUUGUGAUGGAGAGGUGGACUGUAAGGAUGGAUCAGAUGAACAGGACUGUGAGCUCCUCUGCAAAGCAGGUCAGUUCCAGUGUGCUCAUGGGAAGAAGUGUAUCGACCAGCAGCAGGUGUGUGAUGGGAAGGCACAGUGCCAGGAUCGCUCUGAUGAAAUGGACUGCUUCAAGCCCACCAAGAGCUGCAGACAUCGCUGUGACAACAAUAGCCGCUGUAUCCCAGAAACCUUCCUCUGUGAUGGAGAGAGAGACUGUGCGGACGGCUCUGAUGAGGAAGGCUGUGAUUCUAACAAGGCCCUUCCUCCUGUCGUGCCAACUCUGGUUCAGACCUGUACCAGUCCAUCAGUGAUGUGUCGGGGCUCAACUUUGUGCAUCUCCCAAACUCAGCUGUGUGACACAUUGAGAGACUGCCCUGAUGGUUUUGAUGAGGAGUCCUGCAUUACUAAAUGUCCAAACAGAGGUGAGUUCCGGUGUAAGGACAGGAGGAAAUGUAUUGAGAGGAGUCUGGUUUGUGAUGGACGCUCUCAUUGCCAAGACGGCUCAGAUGAGGUUGGCUGUCCAACGAUAGCUGCUCCAACAUCCCAGACAUUGCCCCUGAAGUGUCGUAUGGGUUCUAGACUGUGCAAGGAUGGGAAAGAGUGUGUCCUGCAAAGCCAUGUUUGUGAUGGAGAGGUGGACUGUAAGGAUGGAUCAGAUGAACAGGACUGUGGUGGAUCUCCAAUUCCACUUACUACCGCUUAUUUGGCUCCAACUGCAACCAUUCCAGAUAAUCUUCCUGCUCAGCCAGUCUGUACCAGUCCAUCAGUGAUGUGUCGGGGCUCAACUUUGUGCAUCUCCCAAACUCAGCUGUGUGACACAUUGAGAGACUGCCCUGAUGGUUUUGAUGAGGAGUCCUGCAUUACUAAAUGUCCAAACAGAGGUGAGUUCCGGUGUAAGGACAGGAGGAAAUGUAUUGAGAGGAGUCUGGUUUGUGAUGGACGCUCUCAUUGCCAAGACGGCUCAGAUGAGGUUGGCUGUCAGACGAUAGCUGCUCCAACAUCCCAGACAUUGCCCCUGAAGUGUCGUAUGGGUUCUAGACUGUGCAAGGAUGGGAAAGAGUGUGUCCUGCACAGCCAUGUUUGUGAUGGAGAGGUGGACUGUAAGGAUGGAUCAGAUGAACAGGACUGUGAGCUCCUCUGCAAAGCAGGUCAGUUCCAGUGUGCUCAUGGGAAGAAGUGUAUCGACCAGCAGCAGGUGUGUGAUGGGAAGGCACAGUGCCAGGAUCGCUCUGAUGAAAUGGACUGCUUCAAGCCCACCAAGAGCUGCAGACAUCGCUGUGACAACAAUAGCCGCUGUAUCCCAGAAACCUUCCUCUGUGAUGGAGAGAGAGACUGUGCGGACGGCUCUGAUGAGGAAGGCUGUGAUUCUAACAAGGCCCUUCCUCCUGUCGUGCCAACUCUGGUUCAGACCUGUACCAGUCCAUCAGUGAUGUGUCGGGGCUCAACUUUGUGCAUCUCCCAAACUCAGCUGUGUGACACAUUGAGAGACUGCCCUGAUGGUUUUGAUGAGGAGUCCUGCAUUACUAAAUGUCCAAACGGUGGUGAGUUCCGGUGUAAGGACAGGAGGAAAUGUAUUGAGAGGAGUCUGGUUUGUGAUGGACGCUCUCAUUGCCAAGACGGCUCAGAUGAGGUUGGCUGUCAGACGAUAGCUGCUCCAACAUCCCAGACAUUGCCCCUGAAGUGUCGUAUGGGUUCUAGACUGUGCAAGGAUGGGAAAGAGUGUGUCCUGCACAGCCAUGUUUGUGAUGGAGAGGUGGACUGUAAGGAUGGAUCAGAUGAACAGGACUGUGAGCUCCUCUGCAAAGCAGGUCAGUUCCAGUGUGCUCAUGGGAAGAAGUGUAUCGACCAGCAGCAGGUGUGUGAUGGGAAGGCACAGUGCCAGGAUCGCUCUGAUGAAAUGGACUGCUUCAAGCCCACCAAGAGCUGCAGUCAUCGCUGUGACAACGAUAGCCGCUGUAUCCCAGAAACCUUCCUCUGUGAUGGAGAGAGAGACUGUGCGGACGGCUCUGAUGAGGAAGACUGUGUGGCAAAGCCGUGUGGCCAGCAGCUGUAUCAGUGUAGUAAUGGUCAGUGUGUGUCUGAGGCUUUCCGUUGUGACGGCCAUGCUGACUGCGGAGACCAUUCUGACGAGGUGGGAUGUGCCAAACCCCCCCACUGUCCCCCGGAGCGCCGCUGCCCAAACAGCCAUGAAUGUCUUGUGGAGGAAUGGCUGUGUGAUGGGGAGCAAGACUGCCAGGACGGUUCAGACGAGAGGAACUGUAAGGUGUCUCCAGUGACGUGUGGGGAGUUCCAGUGGAGCUGUGUCUCUAGGAGCCAGUGUAUCCCUGCGACCUGGAGGUGUGAUGGACAGAAGGAUUGUGAGGACCACAGUGACGAGGCUGGAUGUGGCCAGGUGAAGUGCUCCAACCAGCUUUACCAGUGUGGUAGUGGAGAGUGUGUGGACCAUUCUCUACUAUGUGACCACAUCAUCAACUGUCCUGAUGGAUCUGACGAGGGGCACGGCUGUUCCACCACUAACUGCUCCAGCCCUGGGACCCCCCAAUGUGACCAGCACUGUGUUAGCACCCCUUACGGACCGAGGUGCAUCUGUGCUGCAGGCUUCCGGCUCCAGGCUAAUGGUCUGUCCUGUGUGGAUGUUGACGAGUGUAACGAGGUUCUACCACCCGUCUGCAGCCACACCUGCCUUAACACCCACAGCUCCUUCCUGUGUCGCUGUCACCAUGGAUAUCUGCUGGAACCAAAUGGUCGCAGCUGCAAGACCCAAGAUGAGGCUCACCUGCUGGCAUCUGUUCAGUUUGAGCUGCUGGUAUUGGGGCUGCAUAGCUCCAGCCUUUCAGUGCUCUCCACUAGUCAGACACCUGUGUUCUGUGUGGAUUAUGACUGGCGAGACCAGAGGGUAUACUGGGUCAGUCUGGAGGAGGAGAGCAUCAAGUGGACUUCCAUCAACACCAAGGACACAGGCACUCUGGUCAAAGGUGUGAAGUCUGAGUCUAUAGCUGUGGACUGGGUUGGCAGGAACCUGUACUGGCUGGAUGGGCUGGCCAGUCAGAUUCUGGCUGUGAGGCUGGGCACAUCUACAGUAAAGUCUCAGAACUACAUAGUGGUUCUGGAUGAGGAUCUGGAGCAGCCUCGCUCGCUACUGCUGCUGCCACACAAAGGGUUGAUGUACUGGUCAGAGGUUGGUAGCGAUCCCCAGAUAGAGCGGUCAGGGAUGGAUGGCUCUGAGAGGAAGGUGGUGUUGACUAGUGGUCUCAGCUGGCCAGUCAGUCUUUCUGUGGACACUCUCACUGACCGAAUCUACUGGGCAGAUGAAAAACUGCAGUGCAUCGGCUCUGUAUCCCUGGAAGGACACGAUGUCAGGCUUCUGCAGCUGACUGAAAUGCCCAGUCCCUUCUCUGUAAUGGUCUUCAAUGACAUGGUCUACUGGUCUGACACCAAGAGGAGAACUAUUCAAGUAUCCCACAAGAACACUGGCAAGAACCGCAAAGUUUUACUCAAAAGACCUGGACAGCCUUUUGGCAUCAGGAUGAUGCACCCCCUCCAGCAGACCAACGUGUCCAGCCCCUGUGAGGAGCUCCAGUGUUCACACAUCUGUCUCUUGGCUCCAGGGCUGUCUACAAGCCCCAGGGCUGGGUCUAUGGGACCCAAAGCUGUGUGUAGAUGCGCAGCAGGGCUACUCCUGGCUGGGGACGGCCUCACCUGCUCCACCCUUGUAGACACCACCUUCCUCUUGCUCCUCUCUCCUACUGCAGUUACACAGAUAUACCUUAGCACCAUCCAUAAUGGUGUAGGGUUGAAGCAGUUGCCUGAGCACCAUAUAUGGUCUCUGCCGGGGGUGCACCAGGCCUCAGGGAUGGAUUUGGCUGUACAGGAGAGGAAAGUAUACCUGGCUGAUGCUGCUCAGGGCUCAGUGGAUCUCCUGAAACUGAGUAACUCAGGCCUGACACCAGGCAGCAGAGUCCUGAAUCUCCAGGGCGAUACAGUGAUGGCUCUGGCUGUGGACUGGGUCACACUCAACCUGUACUGGAGCAGCAGGAAGCAGCCUGACCUACAUGUCACCACCACUAGGGGGCAGCACACUGCACCUCUACUCCAACUAGGCCUUCAGGGAACCACCUCCAUCGCCCUGCACCCCCCCUCAGGACGCUUGUGCUUCACGGCCUUGGGCCAGGUGAAUGUGAGGAGCCUGCCGCAGGUGGACUGUGCCUUCAUGGAUGGACGUAGUCAGAAGCUGCUCUGGAAGAAAGCUGUGAUGCCAACCUCCCUUCUGUUCUCCAACAAGGGCACUCAGCUGUAUUGGGCUGACAUAGGUGCUGGAGUGAUCGGCUCCAUUCUUCUGGAUGGUUCUGGAUAUAAACAGUUUAAAGCAGAUCCCGGCCUCAUGUCCUUCACACUGGUUGAGAACAUCCUCCUGUGGAGCAGCCUGGACAAAGAUGUGACUAGACUCUGGUUCAGUGAUGGAUUUCAGCCCAAGCAGCUGUGGUUUGAGGUCAAUACCAAUGUAGUGGCACUGAGGGUUUACAGCAAGACCAGUCAGAAAGGAACUAACAGCUGCUCAGAGCGGAACGGAGGCUGCAGUCAGCUGUGCCUGGCCUACCCAGGGGGGCGUAGCUGCCGAUGUGGACGUGGUUACCAGCCUAUCGACACCAAAAUGUGUAGACCUUUCCCCUCCCUCCAGUGUCCAGAGGGCAGCAGGGCCUGUAGCGACGGCAGCAGGUGCCUCCCCCUCACAAAGUUCUGUAACCACCAGACAGACUGCCUCGACCAUUCAGACGAGAUCAAAUGUGGGUCUGGAGUGAAGCCCCACGAUGUCAGCCAUAGUAAACCUUCCCUGGGGCAUGCUGGGAACACUGUCCCUCCUGGCCAGGACUGGUCUGGGAGGACCACCCCCGGGGGGGUAGAUGUGCAGAAGCUGGACUCUGAGUCAUGUGAUGUCCAGCAGUGUCAUGGACAUGGGAAAUGUGUGACAAGCGGUGGAGAAACCACCUGCCAGUGUCUUCUGGGAUACCAGGGUGUGUUCUGUGAGGAGGGUGAGGGACCAGGGGUCAGUAAUGCCCCCCUCACUUUGGGCAUCCUCAGCCUCAUUGGUGGAGUCCUCAUCGCUGCUGUCAUCAUCAGGAAGAGCAGAGCAAGAGCUGCAGCUCGGGGGCAGUCCACAGAGAAGGAGACUCUGAUGACCAAUAUGGAUGAACAGACGGUCUACGCUGUGUCUUUCAACAACGAUCUGUAUGAUCCUGACCAGGAAUUCAUCUCAUCUGCUGAUGGGACAUCUCAACAUCUGUAAAUGUUGCCUUUCCCCUUGUGCUCUGAAAUAAAGAAUAGUAGUCUGAUGUUAAA